AUGAAGUCGUGUGGCAUCGUUUCGCUCUUCAAUUUCCUGGGCCAGGUAGGCGCCUUGUCUGUCCAAGAACGGGAGGUCCAUGAGCAAUACGUGACCCACACAUAUGCAACCAAAUUUUUCUCUACGCCUACGGCGCUGGGUGCAUCCAUAUACGCGAAUGGGCCCUACUACGAUCACCGGUUCCCACCGUCGGCCGUUCUGGAUCCGACAUGGCAGGGUGGCAGUCAUUAUAAUCAGCAGACGUGGCUGUCCCCCAACGGGCAAACAUCGUGGUUCACCUUGAUGCUGGACAGCUCGUCCACUGUGACGGAGUUCCAGCUCCUCAACACGUGCAACACGCCACACAACGAUCGGUCCACCAAGGAUUACAGCAUAUAUGUGUCCAGCGACGCCGUCAGCUAUAAAUUCGCCGCUUCGGGAAGACUGACAGCAUGUUCUCCGAUAUCGGGAAUCCCCCUUGUCAUAUCGAACUCCGGCCCUUCGAGUGGAAUCCGAUACGUCAAGUUCGUGAUGGACAGCUACUACGGGUAUAGCGGUGGCCUGAACUACUUCCAGGCCUUCGGCUCAGAGGUGGUAUCGACUCCAAGCCCGACGUCAUACCCGACGCCAUACCCGACGCCCUACCCGACGCC